CUCUCACUCUCUCUCACAGCAUUUAAGUCUUCUCAACUCCCACCAUUCUCUUCUUCUUUCUUCCUUUCUUUCACUCCUUCUCUCAACAAACCCUCUCUCUCUAUAUCGUUUUCUCUCUCUCUAGGUUCGAACGGAUUCAAUCUUCACGCGUGUCCAAUUCUUGGCUAGAUCUUCUCCCGCAUUUCUUGGAUCCGGAGAUGCGACCGUCUCCAUUGCCUUAUUCUUCGAUGUCUCUCUCUUCUAGGGUUUUCAUUUGCUUGCAAUUCUGAGCUAUGCAUGCUCUUCCUUCUGGCUCUGCUUGCUGCUGCGGCGUCCACCAUGAUCGCCGCCGGCCGUCUCGCCGGAAUUCUGCUGCUUUCUUCUCCUGACGAUGCUUCUCACCGCUUUCGAGUUCGCCGAGAGAGAAUGCCGGCGUCAGUUUUCUUCCUCCUCGUUCUUCUCAACUUGCUACUAUCUUGCUCAGUAAGAGAAUUUGCCAGGCAUUAUACUGUUACGGCUUGUAAUGGAGUGAAGUCGGUUUCUGUGAGUGUUUCAUAUGUCUCAUCAGAACGAGCUAAAACUUGGUUAGUUAAACCUUCUUCUGGACCAUCUACUUCACCUGGACCUGCUGCACCUGUACCUGCACCAUCUCCAUCAUAUCAAGGUUGCGACCAAAUCUGUACGGAUCCACUCACAUCAACACCUUUUGGGUCACCUUGUGGUUGUGUAUUUCCCAUGAAAGUCAGACUCACGCUGGGUGUAGCUCCUUAUGCUGUCUUUCCAGUAAUGAAUGAAUUAGAGAUUGAAGUUGCAUUAGGCACAUACUUAGAGCAGAGUCAGGUGAAGAUAAUGGGUGCUAGUGCUGAUAGUGAGAAUCAGGGAAGAACUGUAGUUGAUAUAAACUUGGUUCCAUUGGGAGAGAAAUUUGACAAUACUACUGCAGCUCUGACAUAUGAGAGGUUCUGGCACAAGAAAGUCCCACUAAAUAGAAGCCUUUUUGGUGAUUAUGAUGUUUUGUACAUUGCCUAUCCAGGAAUUUCUUCAUCGCCACCAUAUGCAUAUGGAACCAUAGCUGGGGAUGCUCCUAUGGAAAGUGUAACUGGUAGUCUACCAGUCUCUGCCAACUUUGUCAACAAGAAUCAGAGAAUGAAUCUCCGAACCAUAAUCAUCAUUGCUUCGUCUUCCUUUGUACUUUUAUUGGUUUUGGUUGGAGCAGUUUCUAUCAUUUUGAAAUGUCAGAAGAUUAGGAGGCCAUCGAGUGCCGUAGGCCCUGCAUUCACUUCAUCUCUAAACAAGAGAUCUGGCUUGGGUUCUAUGUUGUCAAGCAGUAUUACAAGCUCGACAUCAGUGUCCCUUAUGUCCACAAUGGCUGCUUCCAUUCUCUCUGUUAGAACAUUUUCGCUUUCUGAGCUCGAGAAAGCUACAGAUAAGUUUAGUUCAAAGAGAGUAUUAGGAGAAGGAGGAUUUGGACGAGUUUACAGUGGGACAUUGGAAGAUGGGGCUGAAGUUGCAGUUAAGCUGCUGACUAGAGAUAAUCAGAAUGGAGAUCGUGAAUUUAUUGCAGAAGUUGAAAUGCUUAGCCGAUUGCAUCACCGGAAUCUUGUUAAACUACUUGGUAUAUGUAUCGAAGGGCGCCGACGUUGCUUGGUGUAUGAGCUUGUUCACAAUGGCAGUGUUGAGUCACAUUUGCAUGGUGUUGACAAGAAAAAGGGACCUCUAGAUUGGGAAGCACGAAUGAAAAUUGCACUUGGAGCAGCAAGAGGUUUGGCAUAUCUUCAUGAGGAUUCUAAUCCUCGUGUAAUUCAUCGAGAUUUUAAAGCUAGCAAUGUGCUACUAGAAGAUGACUUUACCCCGAAGGUUUCUGAUUUUGGAUUGGCACGAGAAGCAACUGAAGGAAGUCAGCAUAUUUCUACAAGGGUGAUGGGAACUUUUGGGUACGUUGCCCCAGAAUAUGCGAUGACAGGUCAUUUACUCGUUAAAAGUGAUGUUUAUAGUUAUGGUGUUGUGCUGCUUGAACUUCUUACUGGCAGAAAGCCAGUGGACAUGUCUCAACCUCAGGGACAGGAGAAUCUAGUAACUUGGGCAAGACCAUUGUUGGCGAGCAGGGAAGGUUUAGAACAGCUAGUGGAUCCAUCUUUGGCUGGAAGUUACGACUUUGAUGACAUGGCAAAGGUUGCUGCUAUCGCCUCCAUGUGCGUUCACCCAGAGGUCACACAGAGACCCUUCAUGGGUGAAGUCGUGCAGGCUCUUAAGUUAAUAUACAAUGAUGCAGACGAGACUUGCGGAGAUUACUGCAGUCAGAAGGACUCCUCCGUACAGGAUUCUGAUUUCAGAGGCGAUCUCGCCCCUUCCGAUAGCAGUUGGUGGAAUGCCGGAGGGUUAACCCCUCGAUUAACUUAUGGGCAAGCAUCAUCUUUCAUCACCAUGGAGUACAGUUCUGGUCCACUUGAUGAUAUGGAAAACAGACCGUUUUCGACUUCAAGCUUGAUCGGAGAUGAGAUGUCUUUACCGAUUAAGCAUGGGAACAGAUCAGGUCCGUUGAGAACAGUCCGAAGUAAGUUAUCAUUGCAUAGAUUUACAGGAAGCCGGAGUGAACAUGGGGGACCUUCUUCCAAGCACCAUUGGAACGAUGGUUACUGGGCUUAAUUUAAUGAUUGAGGUUUUUUUUCUUUUCUUUUACCGUGUUUCUGAAAUGUACAGUUUCCUAAAGGGAUCAGAACUAUUGAUUGAGUGACUGAUUUAGUGUAGGUGUCUCAAAUUUCUGCAUUUUUUUUUCAUGUUAAGGUUGGAGAGAUACAGAAUAUUGGCUAAUUUUGAAAUAUUGAUUCAUUAUACAAGGAGAAAAUGUAACCCGAGCAAUGUUGUAAAAAUGCCUUGCAUUCUGUCUCGCAGUUCCGUUCCAUACCUGUUAUCCAGAAUGUUCCUUAUAAUCAAAAUUAAUUAUCCAAUAUUUUCUUA